UAUUAAGCAUGUAACAUUGCUGUUCUUUAUGUGGGAUGUCACUUGGAACCUUAAAAUAAGCGCUAUUCUUGUUUCCUAUAGAAUUGAAGACUCAAUACAAAAAUUUUUAUAUCCAACAAAUAGUGUUGAAAUUGAUUACACUGCACAACCACUAACUCAUACUCAUCGAUCACUUCAUCCUGUUUCACAACGAAAAACACAUUUGCGAAUUAUGCUGGCAACUAAUUCAAUAAGGUUUCACUUGUUAGAAAUGCCAAGUCUAUAACUUUGUAUAGAAUGGACCAAUAAAGCAUUGCAAUUUCUGUCAAUCCAAUCUCUGUUUAUACUGUGGAUCUCUACUUGACCUCUUUUCAACCUCCAAAGGCAUUUGCUACUCCUGUUAGAAAUAGGAAUUUCUCUACUACAAAAUAGCUUACAUCGUAAUGAUCCUAUUCGUUGGAUUGCUUUUGCCCUACUUAGCCUUCAAUUACUUGUUGACCAAAUUCUUCGACCCAAUCCACCAAUAUGAUUUUUGUAAGGAUAGAUUUUGUACUGCUCUGCUCCUCUUCAUUUUGCUUUUCCCUCUUCUAUUCCCCUACGCAAUCAUCUAGUUGAUCUUUACAGGAAUCAAAUCCAUCAUCAGAAACUUUCGAUGACUUGAUCUAUUCAUAGUACU